GUAUGUGGUGACACCCUUUCCUUUUCCCCCACUUGAGUUUUGCAGAGACUCACGCGUAUCUUGUGAACAUGCACAGUGCGCUUUUGUCGCAUUAUAUGCUGUAACUUAAUUUAGACUAAGAUUACAUUCAAUCAAUUCGACUGCAACAAGUCGUCCGCGUAAAUUUAGACUCUGACAGAAACCUCAGAACCAUGUCGACGGUCUUCUCUUUCCAGACACAGCUCGUCUCCAUCAUGGAUGCUUUAUCCAAAACAGCUGUAAUUGAAAUAAGCAAACUGGUCGAGAUUGAGUCUAAGAUGCUGAAAAUAGAGAUAACCCGAGGGCGGAAUGAAAUAGCGUCGCUCACUGAGAAACUACAGCUGAUGGAGAAAUUGCUGUACAUGGCACAGGGGGGCAGACAGGACGCAGCCAGCUCAGCAUGCAUGGUGAGGGACGGGAUGUUUGAGCCUGACAGGACAGGGCCUGCAAUGAAAAGUGAGAGCAGAUGGUUAAACAUAACUUCCUCCAACGAAAUGAGCACUUUACAUCAAGAUGAAGAGCUUGCUGCAGCUGAACCCCCAAGUCCACCCAGUCAACAUCCUGAUUUGAUAAUGGUUAAGCAAGAGCCACCAGAGUUGGACAAAGGAGACACAGAACAAGAAAGAACAGGUGAAAACAGACAGGAUUUGCUUACAGACACCCAGAAGAGUCCAGAGGAGAUGUAUCAUCCAAAAGCUGUUGCAGAAAAUCAACAGCCUUUGUUUUCUUGCUCUGUGAACCUGGGUACCCAAUCACCUCCCACUGGACAAGGAAGAAGAGAGACACAGUGGAAUCAACAGCUUAGAUCUGCAACCACAAACAAUGAGGCCGGAAAAUACACUGUUCAAAAUGUUGCCUCCCAAAGCUCAAACAUGCUCAGGAAUAUGAAGCUUCACAACCUGAGGAACUCAGCUGCUAAGAGGUUUGGCUGUUUGCAUUGUGGCAAAGGUUUCAGAUGCUUUAGCCAGCUUGAAAUACAUCAGAGAAGUCACACUGGAGAGAAACCGUUUAGGUGCACCCUGUGCGGAAAGAGAUAUGCACAAAAAGGGCAUCUGUACACACACCAGCGCACACACACUGGAGAGAAGCCAUAUCGCUGUCCUAUUUGUGGAAAAGGCUUUAUUCAGAAAUGCACUCUGGAUAUGCAUCAGCGCACACACACCGGAGAAAAACCUUUUGUUUGUAUCAAAUGUGGUAAGGGGUUUACAAAAAACUGUAAUCUGAAAAAACACUUUGCUGUACAUCUGGAUCCUAGUUUGAACAUGUUUGGUAAUGAAUCUGUACCUUCAUUUAGUGCCACAUUCAUAAGUGGACCGACUUAAAACUCUACACAUGUCUUUUCUCCAGUGUGGUUAAAAUAUUUGUCAACAAUAAAGUUAUUUUCAAUA